CGGCUCUCCUGCGGCUCUCCGCGGUUAUAACCCCUUCCUGGCGGCCUGCCCUUCCAUCGGCACGCCCGUCUCUCGUCUCCUGGAUCUGUCUGCCCUGUCCGAGCCGCCCCGCUCACCUUCGCCUCCCGUCUGGGUUGCCCCGCAUAGGCCACCUCCUGCGCCUAUUCUCGUUCCUUUCGUUUCGUUGUUGUGCUGUCCCGCUCGCUGUCUCGCGAGCACACUCCCCACAGCCCCCCCCGUCGCUGCCCGAACGAACAACAGCCGCUCCUUCGACAGCCCGACAUCCACCUCUCCUCUCCUUUGCAAAUACCCCCAAAUCCUCUCUGGCCUCAACCCACCCUAGUUUUACUGUCCCGCCCUGCCCUUUCCUGUCCUGCACCGCUUUGUGCCCUCCACCAUGCACGCCAAACAAGACCAUCCUGCUCGCCAAAAACUCAUGCGCUUCGUUCAGAAGUGCAAAUCCUUUAAUCAGACCAUGCUUUUGAAAAUCAAGGCCCUGGCCAAGCGCCAGGGCAAUGACCACCACCGCGUCUCACCGCUGCCCAAUAUCCCUCAUGUGCUUCCUCAACCCGAGGAGCAGCAACCGCAACUGCACUCGCAGCAACAGUCCCCCCGCUGCGGCUCGCCCUUUAGCGCCCCAGCUAUCGUCGCCAUUCCCGUCGCCAACGAAGCGCCGCAUCAAUGCGCUCCGGUCCUGGGAUCUCCCCCUCCUUUCGAGGCCCCUGUCAUCGGCCCGCCCGAAAUCAUUCGCACUUGUACGGUGAUCUCCUCUCGCACCAUGGUCAACCGUGCUACACAAGCACCGUCGUUCUUCGAGAACGUCAACAUGCAGAGAACUGCCUCGAUUGCCGAACACCGUAACACUGCGGUUCACGAGCAGUUGAGCAUGUUCACUGAAUCGUAUCACAAGGCUAUUUUGUCUAUGUGCAAGACCGAAUCCUGUCGCACAUUUCUCUGCAAUGAUGCCCAUGAGGCCAUCAAGCCUGCCGGCAACAAUAAUAACAGCGCACGUAAUUCUCUCGUGUCUAACCGCCUGUCGAGCAGAAAUCUCGAAACCUACAUUCUCGAAAUGGUGGCCACGCCCUCGAACUGUGGAAUCCAACUCGAGCGCCAAAUCAGCGUCGUGGUUCAUCCCUUCACUAAUACAAAGCUUCCCCUUUCGCUCCUCCAUGAGCUGAACACGAAAACAAGAAACUCCCUCUUGAUCAAGCCCACACAAUUGGCCGAGUCCUCAUCGUACACCAUGGCCCUUGUGUCCGUGCUCCGAUCCAUGCUCCAGGCUAUGGAGCCCUCCGCAUCUCUGCCCAGCACAAACGGGCUGAGCAAGAGCUUUGACAACUGCCGCGAUCCGCAGUGGCUUACAAAGUCCAAGCAAAUUGAAUGCUGGGUGGCCAACGUUGUCAGCAGCCAACCGUAUGAGGAGCCAUUCCGAGCCAGCAUCAUCAUCCAGUAGUCGCUUCCGGGUCCCCCCCCCCAGUUGCGCCAGCAUAUGGCCUGGCCCCUGGGAACCUGGCGACAGACCGGUUCUGUUGGCUCGGUAUGCAUCGACUCGUGCAGGCACUGCGACUCGUAUUUAUUGUAGCGAACUCUCCCCCCCCCCACGCCGCCAUAUGCACUUGGCGAUAGCUCGCGAACUGCUUCUCUCCCGCUGCGAUAGGGCUCCCCUAUCCACUUGCGUUGAUCGUGAGGCGCAGAAGCUGUUUGUAUUUUCUUGCUCCCCCCCCCGCGAGUGUCUAUCGCCUCCAACCCGUAUUUAUUACCUUAAAUCCCACGCCCUCUCUCAACUGCAUGCCCUCCCCGCCAUCGGCAUUUUUGACUCCCAAUACAAAAUGUUCUAACCAAAGCAAUACACUGUUUUGCAUGACCAUGA